CAGGCUACCUCGAAGCAGCGGAGUUGGCGCUACUGUGCAAACUUCUUUUUCUUUUUCGAAGGCGUUCUCGAACCUACUGAGUGACAAUUUCAGACUGAGAAAUACGCAGUGAUGAACACUUCGUGAAUUUAAUAAGCCACAGUCCCUCAGCUGUGAUUGUAUCCCUGGAGAGAAGCUCUCGACGUGCCUUGCUCAUUGGCAGACAUGGGUCCUGAUCUCAAUGAGACUUGGAUGAACGCCUCCUUCUCCACCGCCUACUCCUCCUUUGCUGGCUUGGACCUCCUCUUCCUCCUCAAGCCUCUCUUUAUCCCUCUGUACACCCUCCUAGUGCUCGUGGCUUGCAUUGGCAAUCUGCUGCUGAUUCUUCUCAUUGCCCUGACAAAGAAGCUGCACAGUACCACCAACUUCCUGAUUGGUAACCUGGCAGCAGCUGACCUGAUCAUGUGCCUCUUCUGUGUACCGCUGACUGCCUCCUAUGCCUUUGAGCUACGUGGUUGGCUUUUCGGCAGCUUCAUGUGCCACUUUGUCAUGCUCAUGCAGGUCGCCACCGUUUUGGUGGCCGUCCUGUCCCUCACUGCUAUUGCUGUGGACCGCUAUGUGGUGGUGGCCUACCCCAUUCGCAGAAGAAUCAGUCGGCGCUGUUGCCUUUACUUGGUAUGUGCCAUUUGGCUGGCUUCACUGGCACUCUCAUCUCCCACCUCACUCCACACAAGCUACCUUGACCUCAGCCCCACUGGCCACAACAUGACCAUUUGUGAGGAGUUCUGGGCAGAGCAGGAUCAGGAGAGACUCAUCUACUCUUGCUGUAUCCUCCUUCUCUCUUACCUCAUCCCACUGUCGGCUGUCUCUGUCUCCUACUGCGCCAUUUCCCGCCACCUACGCAAACGGAGCGUGCCUGGCGCUGCUGUCACGGCAUCCUCCAACCGUGAGAGAUGGGCACGUAAAAAGUGCAAGACGUUCCGGCUACUACUGAUCUCUGUGCUCUCAUUUGCCCUUUGCUGGCUACCUCUGCAAGUGGUCAACCUAAUCCGGGAUCUGGAUGUCGAUUUUGUCAUCUUGGACAAGAGUUACAUCAAUGUGGUGCAGGUGUCCUGCCAUCUGGUGGCCAUGAGUUCUGCCUGCUACAACCCCUUCAUCUACGCUUCCCUUCAUGACAAGUUUCGCUUUUACCUGGGCAGGUACUUCUAUCCACGCCACCUGCAAAGGCGCCAACAGCACACUGGCAGCAGCAGCACCAUCACCUCUCACCGCCUGACCCGGCUGCACACCUGCUCUACUUUGGUGGACAUUCCGAUGAUGAAUACUGACCAGCUGGUGGUGGAAAGACCUUAUUCUUGCCACUAAAAUUUAAAAAGGAGUCCCAGGACAACAACUCUUCUCCUUCAGCAGAAUGAUCGUGGACUUCACAGCAUGGCUAGAAAUGAAUCAGUUUUCUCACAUAAUUAUUAUGCAUGAAUGCUCCCUGAUCAGAGGUUGAAAAUAGUGAAGCUUUCAUUGAUAUAGUGCCUUUCAUUACUGCAGUCUUACUUGUGAGGAAUAAGUAUUUGCAUUUGAGUUUUCUGUCUGGUUCUCUUAUGGACCGUCAACAAGCUUCUUCAUGUAUUUUGCAAUCUGAGCAUGUGCUUUGUGGUGGUGUUCAUGAAGAAAGGUGUUAUAUAAAAACAAAGGUUGAUUUGCUGAAAUUUUUAUUAAGAUGCACAGUUUUAACAAACGCUAAUACAUGCAGACAAUCUUGCAAGAGUCAGGUUUGAUGGAUGAAGGUGAAAGAGUUAAGGGGGUAAUGAGAGUUGAGGAGAUGGUGACUGAUAGGAUAAGAAACAGAGUGGCUGGAGGGGUGGCUGGUGGAACAAAAGUUUCAUUCAGCAUCAGACGUUGUGCAGUUUCUCAGAAUGUGGCCAAAUAAUAAUUAGCCGAGAAAUGUGACAACUUUAUUACAUUGUACGAGACCCCGCCAGCCAUCUGAUUUGCUUUGAGACAUGUGAAGUUCUCCAUAAAGGUAUGCCUGGGAUGCAAAUGUGAAAAUAACAAGAUAUGUUUUAUUAAUGCCCAGGGAAAGGAGACGGACGUCAGGGUGCACUUUGUGUUAUAAGCCAUUUAGCUUCAAGUGUAUGAAUACUUGUGUGUCAUUAGCAGCACAUUAAAGCUUUUUUUGCUGCCAGCUUUUAAUAUGAGAAGAACAUACAGUAGAGUAGCAGCAAUGGAAGCGUUAUGAUUAUAUAAAUAAAUAUAAAAGAAUAAAAGCUCAUAUAGUGAAAGUUCUGUAUUUGGAGAUGAAGGGGUCAGCCAUUCUCACUCAGAGUUAAGCUCUUCUGUCAAGAUGAAGAUGGCUCUUUCUUUUGGCUUGUCGCAGUCCACUAUGUGUACCACUCAUUUAUUUGUGACCACCAGAGGGUGCACCAGCUCCCCAACAUCCAACACAAUAGACACAGGCACAAGUCCAGCAGCACACGUUUUACUUACAGGUGGGAAACGCUUCCCAAACUGUUCCCACAAGCAGCACAGUAUAAUAAGUACAGCACAAUAAACAAAGCACAGAGCACAUCUCUCUAACCUUCCGCCUCCACUCCUCUUUAAGCAAGCAUUGAGCGUCGUCCUCUCCCUCCCGACUCUGGCUCCGGGAAUGAAGGCAGAUGGCUCUUUUUAAGUGAUCCUUCGAAGUAC